AUGUUUAAUAAGAUGAUGAGAAUAUUUAUAUUAUUAACGGUGUUUAAUAUAGUUUACGCGUAUCAGAGAAAUUUUUGGUGGAAAAUCGAAAAUACGCAAAGACAAGGACCUAACGUCUGCGCCGUAGAAGUGAACGAUGACAUAAAUUAUGCUUAUUACACUGAGAGCAAACAGUGGAGUCCUCGAAAAAUUUGUGGCAAACCUACGUAA